GAAUAGGGCGAAGGAAAGGAAGAUGGCUGAACUCUACUGACACACUUCUCUAUGGAAGCUUUGUAUUGACGGAAUCGCGACCUAUUGCCCUCGUAUUUUCUAUUAAGAAACGACUGUAAUAGAUAGCUAUCUCAAUUCAGUAUUCGUAGCGUCCAGCAAAGUGUGGUUAUGGCCUUUGAGCUUUGAUGGCUGGCAAGAAGAUAGAUAUUAACACUGCUUCUGUGACUGACCUUGAAAAUCUUGCCGGUGUAGGGCAGCAUAGAGCUGAGGCCAUCAUUAAACACAGACGGGAAAGUGGGGGGUUCUGCAGCGUGGUGGACUUGGCACAAGUGCCAGGUAUUAGCCCUACCAUCAUUGAGCAGAAUAAAGAUAGAAUUGUCUGUCGUUGUCGUACAUCCCCCGCCUCAAAAAAGAAAAAUGGCCCACAAAUUCAUCGGCGUGCAACCAGACAGCAGUGCAGCGUACAAGACCUGGGUGACCACACUUCUGUGGAGCCUUCUGUCAGCGGGACGGACUGCCCACACAGCCUCAGCUCGCCGACCACCUGGCACUUCACUCGCUCACAGAGUGCUGCCUUGCGACUAGGCCAGGGUUGCUCCACAGAGACACCCCCUGCCGAGAGCGCCACCACCACAUUUAUCGUGACGCGAAGCGGGGGCAGCUGCAGCAAGGCCUCGCUCAACAACAGCGGCAAUGAAGAAGACAGUGGUAACGACGGGGACGAUGAGGGCGACGAUCGCUUUGGAAAUGCUGACAGAGCAGAUGCGCAGGCGGAAAAUGCAGACAGGUGCAGCGACGGUAACUUACUGGACAAUCAGCACGCUGGUGAGGAGGCAGAAGACAUAUCGGAUGGGGAGGAGGAGGAGAGUGUCAACAACGAUGACGCAGAAAGUGUCUUAAGCCAGUCAGGGGAGAGUCUGGCAGAUGACUGUGAUAACGACGACGAUGCCAGUGAUAACGGGAACAAUGAAGACGAAGAGACGGAAGAGGCUGACCCCGAGGAAGGAGAGGAGGGCAGGGACGAGGCUUUUAGUUCUCACAAUAGCUCGAGGAAUUCUCUGAACUGCAGUUUUAGAACUACGAGGUCCGGAGGAUGUUCUCACCGAGAGGAUAGUUUUGAAAUGUCUCCUGUGUCGCGGCAGUCCGCUAUUAAACGGAAAUCCUUUGGUAGAGAAGAUAAAGAGUAUGACAAUGGAGAAGGGGAUGUGUCUCCUGGGAAAAAGCUUAGAAUGGCAAUGGUCAGCUGUCAUGCUUGUGGGCAAAGUUUGGCUAAGGUACCCAGGUGGCGCCUUGCACAAAUGCCCAGAGGCAAAAUACCCUCAAAGGAAAAUCCUCCACCUAAGAUGGAUGACUGGUUGAAAACAUUUCAGGCUUGGAGCAACGCUGAGCGCAUGAUGGCUGUGGAUGAGCUGAUCACAUUGUGCGACCCAACUCAGGUGCGACAUAUGAUGCAGGUCAUCGAACCGCAGUUCCAGAGGGACUUCAUAUCACUUUUGCCCAAAGAGCUGGCAUUGUACGUUCUCUCCUUCCUGGGUCCCCGUGACCUGCUGAGGGCAGCACAGACGUGUCGCUACUGGCGGGUCCUGGCGGAGGACAACCUCCUUUGGAGGGAGAAGUGUCGAGAGGAAGGCAUCGACGAGGAGAUGGUCUACGGGUCCCGCAUGCGUCGACGGCACUCCAGCAGGAGUCCCUUCAAAGCUCUCUUCAUGCGACAGUCACAGAUAGAGCAUAAUUGGAGGAAAGGAGUCAAGCGGCUUCCGAAGAUUCUGAAAGGACAUGAUGACCAUGUGAUCACAUGCUUGGAGUUUUGUGGGAAUCGAGUGGUCAGUGGGUCUGAUGACAACACGCUCAAAGUAUGGUCAGUUACCUCAGGGAAGUGCCUAAGGACCCUCAUAGGUCACACGGGGGGCGUCUGGUCCUCCCAGAUGUCUGGCACAGUGGUCAUCAGCGGCUCCACGGACCGGACGCUCAAAGUGUGGAACGCUGAGACGGGUCAGUGUCGACACACGUUGUAUGGUCACUCCUCCACCGUCAGGUGUAUGUCGCUGCAUGAGAACCAAGUGGUGAGUGGUUCCAGAGAUGCGACCCUGCGGGUGUGGGACGUUGAUACCGGUGUUUGUAAACAUAUCCUGAUGGGCCAUGUGGCGGCCGUGAGGUGUGUGCAGUUUGAUGGCAAGCGUGUGGUCAGCGGGGCCUAUGACUACACGGUGCGCGUCUGGGACCCUGAGACAGAGACCUGUCUUCACACGCUUCAAGGCCAUUCCAACAGAGUUUAUUCCUUACAGUUUGACGGCGUUCACGUGGUGAGCGGCUCCCUGGACACCUCUAUCCGAGUGUGGGACGUGGAGUCCGGCAACUGUCUGCACACCCUGAUUGGUCACCAGUCACUGACCAGUGGCCUGGAGCUGAAGGACAACAUUCUGGUCUCGGGCAACGCAGACUCCACGGUCAAGGUGUGGGACAUCACCACAGGCCAGUGCCUGCAGACGCUUCAAGGCCCAAACAAACAUCAGAGCGCCGUGACCUGCCUCCAGUUCAGCAAAAAGUUUGUGAUCACAUCUUCAGACGAUGGCACAGUGAAAAUCUGGGACCUUAAGACGGGAGAGUUCCUCCGAAACCUGGUGACUCUGGACAGUGGAGGGAGUGGGGGUGUUGUGUGGAGGCUCCGCUGUUCGAACACUCGGCUUGUGUGUGCAGUGGGCAGCAGGAAUGGCACAGAGGAGACGAAACUCAUGGUGCUGGACUUUGACGUGGAGGACAGAAAAUGUUAUUCAGAGCAGCAGCUAGAGAGAAGGAAUUCCAUUGGCACGUGAAUUUAUUACUGUGUGGCUGGGGAAUUUUCAGAAGCGUGUGCUCAGCGUUGUGGAGACUGGACGCAUAAAUGGAAUAUUUGCGGCUUUCUGCGGUGGCUGAUGCUUAUAGGGUGUUGUCCACCGUCUAAAAGUUGUUGUUCUUGGAGGUUGCACAGGAUUUGUGCGUGUAGUUUUUAAGGUCACACCUGCUGGAAAUAUUGUUUGACACUCCUUUAAAGUUUUUAUUUUACAUUCUUCCUUUAUGGUGAUUUUUAUGUAGUUUUAUCGGAGGUGAGCUGUGGUAGGAGAGGAAAA